UAUUUGUAACUGCGUGCAAUGCAGUUAAUAGAAUCAGUGUUUGUUCGUCAUAAUAUUUUCAGUAUUUUUUAUAGAUACAGUAUUUCUAAUUAAAUUGAAAUAUAGGAGUCAAACGCGAAAGUAGAGUCAGUGUUUGUCCGCCGAUAUAAAUUUAUAAUUUACACGAUUAUGUGUUACGUGUUAUUAUUUUUAUUUAUUGAAUUUUUUUUUUAUAUUCGUUAAAAAAUAGAGUCAGUGUACGAAGAAUAGUAUCAUUCAUCACACGAAAAGAUUUCUACCAGUUUUCACAUCCUAUUUGAUCAUCGCUUUCUUCUCGAUGAUUCCUGAACUACACAGCAAUAAUGGCGUUCGUCGCAUCAUUUGAGGGACCGAGCUUUACCGUGCCAAUAACAAACGUGACGAUCCCGAUGGGCAGGGAAGCCGUGCUCACUUGCGUCGUUGCAAAUCUUUCUAUCUACAAGGUAGCAUGGUUGCGUGUGGAUACACAAACUAUUCUAACGAUAGCGAAUCAUGUGAUAACAAAGAAUCAUAGAAUCGGAGUAACGCAUACCGAACGCAAGACAUGGCAUUUACAUAUACGCGAUGUGACCGAAUCCGAUCGAGGUGCUUAUAUGUGCCAGAUAAAUACCGAUCCGAUGAAGAGUCAAACCGGUUAUUUGGAUGUCGUAGUUCCGCCCGAUAUUUUAGAUUAUAUGACAAGCACGGACAUGAUAAUCAGAGAAGGCAGCAAUGUGACAUUACGUUGUGCUGCUAAAGGAUCUCCAACACCAAGUAUUACAUGGAGGCGAGAAGGUGGAGAAAGUAUAUUUCUCGAGAAUGGAGAAGAAGUGAAAAUUGUCGAGGGUUCGAUCUUCAAUAUCACUAAGAUAAAUCGAUUGCAGAUGGGUGCGUAUUUGUGCAUAGCUUCGAACGGUAUACCACCUACCGUCAGUAAAAGAAUAAUGCUUACGGUACAAUUUAGUCCAAUGAUUUCAAUUCAAAAUCAAUUAGUCGGGGCACAAGAGGGACAAAGAAUGACUUUGGAAUGUAACUCGGAAGCGUUUCCACAAUUGAUCAAUUAUUGGACAAAGGAAAACAACGAAAUUAUAGAAAAUGGAGAUAAAUAUAACCAAUCAUUCACGAAUAACGUGUACAAAGUACAUAUGAAACUCACGAUAUUAGCGACGGAAAUGUCCGAUUAUGGAACGUAUAAAUGCAUAUCAAAAAAUUCUUUGGGGGAAACAGACGGCAGUAUUAAACUUUAUCAUAUUCCGACACCAACGACACAACCGAGAACCACGACUACUACUACUCCAGUUCCUACUACUACUAACGAAGAAGUUGAAAAUAUUCAAAAUUCACGACAAAGACCAGAACCCAGUGCAGAUCCUGGUGCGUAUCAAAUAACCGAUUCGUCAUUGCCUAACAUCGAACAUAGAACCGAUGAUAUACAUCUUCAUGGAAGGGCGAGCAGCAAUAGUUACAACGAUGUUGAAAACGUUAUAACAAUAAACGAACGAAAAAGCAUCGACAACGAAAUACGACCACGAAGAAUCGAUAACACGGCGCAAUCGAUGUCAUCCAGGGAUUCUAAUUCGAAUUUUCAAGUACAAACUACAACGGCCAUCUGCAUAAUUCUACUAUCCGCCCUGUCGUAGUCACGUUAGUAUUUAUCAGCGAAAAGAAUGGUUAUUCGAGAAAAAUCCUUCGGGGAUCAAGAUUCGUCCUGUUCAUCGUCAUUUAUCUCAUCCGCGAAAGGGAUCAAUUAAGGGUGUGCUUCGAUGUUACAAAUUUAUCGACAACCAUUGCCUUCGCCUGUCGUUGUGACCGAGAUCAACGAAAUAAUUUUUCUUCCUUCUUCAAACUUUGCGAUAAAGUUUGUCAAAUUAAACGAUUAAUACAAUUUUUAAUAAUAAAUUCGAAUACUUGGAUCAGAUAUUUAUCAAUGCGAUUACAUUUUUGCAAAUUCGCAAAAUUUGCAAAAUUACAAGUUCACAGAUUAUAAUUAAAAUCAAUUAUUUUCUCAAUUCACGUUACGAUUAAUUACUUU